AUGAACGAGUCUGUGCAAAUAAAUCCUAUUUAUGUUAUAGCAACCCCAUCACCACAAGAAGAAAACGCAGAAAUAACAACAUCACCACAAGAAGAAAACGCGCAAAUAAUAACAUCAACAUCACCAACUUCAUUACUAACACCAUCAGAGAGUCAAUUACAAUUUAUUGAAGAUCGUCAAGAUCAACCUGACUUUCAACCAAAUUUAUCAAUGGAAAUCAAUCAAGAAGAACGAACGUAUGUAUUAGAACGUUUAGAUUUAUUAUGUAAACAAGUAUCACAUAAUCGACGAGUUCGUAUUGUUCGUAUGUGGCAUGGUUGUAAUCGUGAAACAUUACCAUAUUUGUUAUCAAAUGGUUUUGCUACUUUGGGUAAAAUUGAUGAUGGUUGGUAUGGAAGAGCCAUGUAUUUUACAUCAUCGGCUAAAUAUGCUCUGCGUUACGGAAAUUGUCUUAUUAUGUGUUAUAUCUUAUUAUUAAAUCCAUUUCCUGUUGUAACAAAUGAUGCGCCUCAUGGUGCAUCCCCAACAACAUUUCGUUUUUAUGGUAGAGGAAAUUAUAAAAAUUAUCAAUGUCAUUAUAUACCUGUUGCACCAACGGAUCGUGAUCCAACUACAACGGAUUAUCGACCACCAACUAAUGGUAUAGAUGGUGCAUUGUAUGAUGAAUUAGCGGUAUUCCAAGAAAUAAAUAUUCUACCACAAGUUGUUGUACAUUUUAAAUAA